AUGAAAGGAACAAGAAAUCCAUCAAGAGAUAUACCAUUAGGGUUGCUUGGUCAAUCAAUGAUCACGAUUAUAUACUGCUUCAUGGCACUUGCACAGAGCAUGAAGCUAAAGUACACAGAAAUAGACCCCAACAUAGCAUAUUCUGCGUUGAAAUUCAGUGUGUGGGGUGAAGUGGGCAAAGUACCUGGCUGUUCUCGAUGCUCUCAAGGGAUGAUCACUAUGGUUUUCGUAGGAGCACUGGGGCAAGCACAGUAUGCUCUCAUACUUCAUGAGCCCACAGGAUUCCACCAUGGUUUGCUCCAUCCACCUAAAGAGAGAAAUCCCUUUGAAUGCCACGCUCAAUUACCAUUUCCAAUGCUUUGUAUUGCUUUCUUUUCAAGAUUGGAUGAGUUGACAAGUUUGUUGUCUGUGAACACACUUUUUUCUUCAUGAUGAUGGCAGUUGCGAUUCUUGGGAGGAGACACUGUAGACAAGGAAUUGCUCCUUGAACGGCGGUCAUCUUUUUGUUGAUCAUUACUGCUUCCUCCACGGGGACUUUGGCUUACUGGGG